CAUUGGUAACGCCAUCUCCCGACCCCAGACGCCAUGUAGCGCCGCCGCCCCCUCGUUGUCCGUACCGUCCACCAGCAGUCCAGAGGUCGUAUCAAGGAGAAGCACUCGUGGCAGAUGCCUGAAUCCUAUGUCAACUUCAUGGGCGGAUCGCCCUUGAAUCGCCUAUCAUGGCUGCGCACCUCGCACGCCUUCCUGAACGCCGUUGUGCUCUCGCCCACGACAAGAUGGAUCGUGCUCAAGGACGGUCAGCCUCUCCUGGUACAGCACAGCGGCGCCGAGAAGCGAUCGCUCGCUCGCUUAAGCACCGCGGACGUCAGGUCUCUCUUGGGCUCGGAGCCAUUCUUUGCGCAAGGCAAACUUGAGGGCGAAAAUGCGCCGGAUGAUGUGGCCAUCCUCGAGGCAGCCCGAUUCCACGGGCCUACCGUGGUCUUUUUGGGCUUGCACGAGCCCCAGACCGGCGAAGCGGACGCCUUGCCGUCGUCUGAAUUCAGCGCGAAGAGUUCAGACCCCGCAAAGGUUGUCGCCAACAUCAAGGGCACCCCCGUCUUCUCCUUGGACGUCAGCAAGAUACCCCAAGAGGUCCUGGAUGACGUGUUCCAGAAGUCGGAGGCCGUGAAGUCCGGGGCUGCGUUUUCAUUCUCUGAGCCGCGCGUAGCGAUGAAUGGUUUGGACAUGUUCGAGGCGGCUAUCUUUGCGGAAGCCAGGAGCAUGGUGGAUUGGAAUACACGCAACAAGUUCUGUCCGUCGUGCGGAUCGCCUGUAUACUCGCUCUGGGCCGGAUGGAAGUUGACUUGCUCAUCUCUCCUUCCCUGGGCCGAGAACGCGGGGAAGGAGCCAUGCCCGACUGCGCGGGGUCUACAUAAUUUCGCGCACCCUAGAACGGAUGCUGUCGUCAUUAUGGCUAUUAUAGACGAGUCCGGGGACAAACUUUUGCUUGGCCGGAACAAAAAAUGGCCAGGCAAAUUCUAUUCGGCUCUGGCUGGCUUCAUCGAGCCAGGAGAAUCGUUCGAAGACGCCGUCAAGCGUGAGAUAUGGGAGGAAGCAGGCGUGCGUGUUUGGGAUGUACAGUACCACUCUACACAGCCGUGGCCCUACCCAGCCAACCUCAUGGUUGGUUUCUACGCGACGGCUGAUUCCUCCGCCCCACUGCGGACGGACCUGGACAACGAGCUGGAUGACGCAAGGUGGUAUACUCGCGAAGAGAUCCUUGCUGUCUUGAGCCAUGCGGAAGGCACAAACAUAACGCGCAGUGACCAUCGCAAGCUUGCUGCAUCGCAGGAGGAGAAAGGCCCCGCGACCAGUACCGCGAAUGCCCUCGCGGGCGACGCCGUCACGGAAGAAGAGAAGAAGGCAAAGGCAGCGGAGGGACCGUCUGAAGUGCCAUUCAGAGUGCCUCCGUCGACUGCGAUUGCUGGUGUACUCAUUGGCGAGUGGGCAUAUGGACGCGCAGGACCUCAGCCAGGGCGUCAGGGUCAGACGAAACUCUGAGACGAACCAUUGGAUAGGAUGGAAGCAUAAUGUUGUAGUGAUCACCAAUAGACGCGAAUGCCAUAAUUUGUACAAUGAAUCUGUCAACCUCAAUGGAUCGGCGAG